CGGGGAGUUCCCUAGACGACGCGGUGAACGGGUGGACGAGGAGCAGCAGCAGCUUAGGCGAACCAUGACCAAAUUCUGUCAGGAGCACUUGGCCCCAAAAGCUCAAGAAAUUGAUCAGAAGAAUGAAUUCAAAGAGAUGAGGGAGUUUUGGAAGAAGCUGGGGGAAUUAGGAGUUCUCGGAAUAACUGCUCCAGCUGAAUACGGUGGAUCUGCAAUGGGUUAUCUGGACCAUAUACUGGUGAUGGAAGAAAUUUCUCGAGUUUCAGCAGCUGUUGGAUUAAGUUAUGGUGCCCACUCUAAUCUCUGUGUUAAUCAGUUAGUGAGGAAUGGCAAUGAAGCACAGAAACAGAAAUACCUGCCUAAGGUAUGUAGAAUUGUGGAAUCUCAUAAAAGGGGACAAGAAGGAUGA